AGUGAAAAUGACAGAAAGUGUUGUCACAGUUGUUCCAACUAUUCGGCAACUUUUGACGACAGUUAAGGAUGUUAAAUGCACAGUUGACGGGUGCAACAAAAUAUUCUGUCAUACUGGCGCUUUGCAUAUGCAUUUAACAAAAUCACACCGGCAGAUUCAUAAUGAACGUGAUGGACGUCUGUUUCACAAAAGGAAAGCAUCAUCUGGUGACAGUCUGGUCCACUACAAUUGUCCAGUCGAUCCUUGUGUCUACAACAAGGGGUCCAAAAAGUUUUUUUCAACAUUUGCCCUUGUAAAGCAGCACUACAGGAGAGUGCAUGCAGAGCGCAAUUAUGUCUGUACAAAAUGUGCAUCAAGUUUCUGUCAGGAUUAUGACCUCCAGAAACAUUGGGCCAAGUGUGGGGUAAUGUACCAGUGUGGAUCCUGUUCUGUGGACUACACAACAAAGGAGGCCCUCCUCAUGCACUGCAAGACAGAGAAACAUGUUUACCCUGCUGAAUACCAGAGACAGAAAAAGGUGGAGGCCAAUAUAAAAAAACCUAAGAAUCAGCCACAGGAAAGUAGUCCAGCAGUUAUCACUAUUACCCAGACACCCAUCAUUGUAAUUCCCUCGAACGCUUUACAGACUUCUUUUGAACAAAACAAUUCAAGAAAUAUCUUAGAAGUUGACCAUUCCUCGUCUUCUAAAAUGACAAUUCCAGAAAAUAGCCAUACAAACAUUUUGUCUGAUAGAAAUGAUGCUCUUGUUCAAACAGAUAUUUAUGGGGUUGAAACUUUGAAUUUGAGCUCCACAAAUGAUCAUAGUAAUUCAGAUAAUUUUAAUGCGUGCAAUAGUCCCCAUGUUUCAAAUCCACAACAGUACUCUGUGAUAGAUAGACCAGUAAAAUCACCAGGAAGACGACAGGGACAGAUAAAGCGGAGAAGUGUUGGGGGACGAGACAUGAACCCAGGUUCUCCACGAAGGAAAAAGCUGAAGUCUACUACAGGAAUGCAGACAUCGGUUAGCUUGACUAGGAAAAAGGCUGCAGCUGUGGUGAUUAGUACACAAACGCCAGGAGAUUUUAUCCUGCAAACUGCCAUGAAGCAAGCAGAUAUUAAAAUACAGAAAAGAACAAUAGGGUCUCAAGUAACUCCAAAGAAGGCCAACUCACAGGGCCAAAGUCAGCUGAAGUCUAGUGAGAUUCAGACUUUCAUAUCUGGGUUCAGGCCUCAACUUGUAGAUUCCAGCAGUCAGGUCCAACAGAAAAAUAUUUUAUCUGAAGUGAUGGCCCAGAACAUGUCUGAACAGGAGACCAUGACUGAACUGCCCCUGACAGCUGCCACUCAGACCCCACAGUCAUACUUGGGAGGGGAGUCAGCCAAUUAUAAUGUUGGAGGUGGUGGAGCUUACCAUUCAAGUGUAACAGUAGAUGGUCAUUCAAAUGAGCCUUUCUCUUACAAUGGAAAGUGUCCUGUUUCUACCACAGAUAGUAGUGUUCAAAUAUUCAGUGAAAAUUUUGAAACUUCCGUCAAGUAUCAAAUGCCUUCAUCUUUGAGACAGGAAACAAGUGAUAGCCAAUUAUUCAAAGGUACUGCAUCAAAUCUAGGUGGUUCAGAGCAUACUAUCUCAAAUUUCAGUGCAGACAAUAAACUGCCAACUGAUUUAAAGACUUCAGAUCAUGAGGUACAAGCUAUGUCUGCAUCAGAAUUUGAAACACUGCUGCAAUCCAGUGGGAUAUUCAUUAACAACUCUGACUUAUUUAAACAAACAUCUUUUUCAACCGUUCAACCACAUACAAAUUUUAUCAACUCCUCCAGACUCGACAGCCAGGCUGCCAACCUAGAUUUUCUGAAUAUUGGAACAAGCAUGACAGAUAUGAACACACAGACUGGUUCAGAUUACAACUUAUUCGAUGAACUUGAGGCUGUGGAUUCCAACACACAAACACCUGGGGACAUGGACUUCAUAGAUCUUGUAAUGUCCAACAUGGAAACCCAGACUCUUAAUGACGACGAUUUAAGAAGUCUUGGUCUGAUUGAUACAUACACAAUACCGUCAACCCACACUCACAGCAUGGCCAUUGGGACUAGUGACUUUGAAUCCAACUUCAGUUCAUUUGAUUCCAAUCCCUUCAUUGAGCAUCAUGCGAACAACACAGAUACGUGUACGAUGGGAGUAGGAACCAGUGACUUUGAUAAAAUGGAAGAUGCUAUUGCAGACGUUGGUAAAAAGAAAGCCCAGAACAUGUAUUAUGCGUACAAACUUUCAGGUAAUGAACGAAACAAUGUUUCAACAGAGCUUGAAAGUGUGGCUGAUUUGGAUCCUUUCAAAGAUAAUCAAAGUAAUGAAAGUGAACGCCAUAAAGUAGUAGCUUCUGAAGCACAGACUGGCAGUAGUGGCACGACUGGUGGAGAGGGUGGAGAUGGACUUUCACAAGCCGGUAUUAACCUUGGCUCUGCUCCAAAUGUGUCUGAGACCCAGACGCAGGUAGAUUCUACAGACACAGGUUUCACAACCAUCAAUAUGGAAACGCAAACAACAUUUGAGGACCUACAGCAGCUUUGUGAAAUGAUCAAAUAGACCCGCGGUCAUUAAACUUGCCACUCUGAUUUAUUAUACUCUUGCACUGAUUCUGGCUUUUUGUAUGUUAAGCUUGAUUUGCAUCUAUUUGUAUGCUUACUAUGUAGUGUUGUCUAUAUGCACGGAGUUGUAUUAUAUAUAUAUAUCCAUGAACGUUGCUCCUUGUCACAUGUAGUCAACAUAUUUGUUUUGCCAUCAGUCUAUAUGCACGGAGUUGUAUUAUAUAUAUCCAUGAACGUUGCUCCUUGUCACAUGUAGUCAACAUAUUUGUUUUGCCAUCAUAUUUAUAUUACUUAGUAAAUCUUAUCUUGGUGACUUUUGCCCAGGUCUGAUGGUUCAGGAAAACCAUUGAUAUUGUUGUUGAAGCUCUCGUUUAUUAGAGAAUCUCAAACAACAUUUGUAACAAUGAUAUGGGGGAGGAAGGUUUCUAUCAAUCAUUAACUGCUUUCAGUAGUAAUGGUUUGUCUAUCUUAAAUAUCUGAUCGCACAGUAAAAACAGCAAACAAGUCUUACAUAAAAUCUGAGCUGUGGAGUGCGGUAGUGAGACUACUGUUAAUUUCAAGCUAUACAUUUAGGUACAACAGAUUGAUUUUGCUAUGUGUACAACAUAGAUUUUUCAUUAUCAAAUCUCUGUUGAAUGAGAAUGAAGCAAUAGGAAAUCUGUGGUUUUGUUAUUGAUAAUACUCUAGCCACAAUUUCUCCAACAAUCUUAACUCCAUUAUAACAGGAUCAAGUUGCUGAUCAAUUUCCCGUAAGCUCUCUCUUUUUGCUUCCGUAUUAUUUGUGUAAGAUUCUUAUUUGGAGAGUUUUAAAGGAAAUUAUUUAUAAGAUAAUCGUUAUUAACAACUUUUUGUAUUGUUAAAUCAAGUUUUAGCAAGUAUUUAGGAUGGCUUGUUAUGCUUCACUAGUUGUGAAAAAAUUGAGGCCUAAAAUUUGAUAUGAGAUUUUCUGCUUUGUUUUAGACUUGUUACUUUCUUAGUUUGUUAUGUUUAGUCUUGUACCUUUAAGGAUUAGCACCCAGUUGCCUUUCAAAUGUAAUUUAAUUACACAUAGAUUAUGCAAUAACAAAUAUAAUUUGUUGAAUGAAUAUAGUAAAGCUUUAAAUUGUAAGAAGUGUUGUUUUAUAUAUAUC